ACACAGGGCGUUUUUGCACAUUUGCAGAGGCAGAAGCGGCCAUGGCCAAUGUGUUGGUGAGGACUUCCGUGCUCUCUGUCUCGCGCCUUUUGCUUCUCCCAUCCCCCAAGCCCCCUUCAUGCCUAUCCAAUGGCUCCUCUGCCCUCCGCGGAUUUCACAACAUCACCACCAACGCCUUAAGCAACGGUGGGUUGGGUUUAGGUCUCGCUGGCGGCGCUCCCAUGCUCAGGUUCUGCAUCCGCGCCGCGCACGUGAACGAUGCCGGUUCCAUCGACUCCCCUCUGAUGCAGUCCAUGCAGAACAAGAUCAAGGAGCAUCUCAAAGCGGAAUCGGUUGUCGUGAAAGAUGCUUAUGGGGAUGGUCGGCAUGUGAGCAUUGAUGUCAUAGCUUCAUCAUUUGAGGGUCAAUCAGCCGUAAAUCGGCAGAGGAUGGUUUAUAAAGCCAUAUGGGAGGAGCUUCAAAGUACAGUGCAUGCUGUGGACCAGAUGACUACACGUACCCCUGCUGAGGCUGCAUCAGACUAAAAUAAUGCAUCGACAGCGAUGCAGGUGAAGACUUGAGUUGAAGUUGGUCUAUCCUGAUCAAAUGUCAGUACUUGGUUUCUCCAUUCUGGCACUUUCUUUAGUCUAUGGCCGGGCAAGUGUAAUCUAGUAUCGAUGACAAUUAAGUUUCAAUUGUUUGGUCAAAUAUACACUGCGUUCUUUGAUGCAAAGUUUAGAGAAGAUAAAGGCGCAUGUGACAUAGCACGCUAACUGAAAAGGCAUUAUUUGGAGUAAUCUCAAGACGAGUUGGUUUAUUCGCAGA